AUGAUUAUGGUAAUUCAGGUCAGCUCUCAGCUUCACACCCCCAUGUACUUUUUCCUCAGCCACUUGUCCUUUGUGGAUUUCUGCUACUCCACUAUCAUUGUGCCUAAGACAUUAGACAAUACCAUCAACAAGGAUAAACCCAUUUCCUUUGUGGGGUGCAUUAUACAGUUCUAUUUGUUUUGCACUUGUGUGAUCACUGAGGUGAUCCUACUGGCCGUGAUGGCCUAUGACCGCUUUGUGGCCAUCUGCAAGCCUCUGUUGUAUAUGGUCAUCAUGUCCCAGAAGCUCUGUGUGGAGCUGGUCUCUGGCUGCUACCUGUGUGGGGCAGUGUGUUCUCUGAUUCACACGUGUUUAGCUCUGGAGAUCCCGUCCUAUCGAUCCAAUGUGGUUAACCACUUCUUCUGUGAUCUACCUCCUAUCUUCACUCUUGCUUGCUCUGAUGUCUCUAUAAAUGAACUUCUGGUGAACAUUGUAGCCACUGUCAUUGAGAUCAUCACC